AAAGAGAGCCUCCUUCGCUUGCGUGUCAUAUUUCUCGAUGACAGUGAGAACACUUUCGAAGUCGAGCAAAAGGCCCUUGGAAACGACUUCUACAACAAAGUGUGUGGCCACCUGAGACUUCUAGAGAAAGAAUAUUUUGGACUUGAAUUCCGUCACCAGUGUGGCACUUUUGUGUGGUUGGACUUUCUAAAGCCUCUAGUAAAGCAAGUUAAAAACAUCAGUGAUCUCUCCUUCCGUUUCCUUGUGAAGUUCUUUCCACCAGACCCUGGUCAACUCCAGAAAGAACUGACCAGGUACCUGUUUGCAUUGCAGAUAAAGCAGGAUCUGUCCAAUGGGAGUCUGACCUGCAAUGACAACAGUGCUGCUCUGCUUGUCUCCCAACUGCUACAAGCUGAGAUCGGAGAUUAUGUAGAGGAGCUGGACAUGCAGCACCUGGAGACUAAGAAGUAUGUCCCCAACCAGGAGUGCCUCCAAAAAAAGAUCCUGCGCUUCCACAAGAGACACAGGGGUCAGACGCCAGCGGAGGCCGAUGCCCAGCUGCUGGAGGUGGCACGCAAGCUGGACAUGUACGGCAUCCGGCCCCAAGCCGCCAGCGAUGGAGAGGGCACCAAGAUCAAUCUGGCUGUCACCCACUCGGGAGUUCUAGUUUUCCAGGGAAACCGGAAAAUAAACACCUUCAGCUGGGCCAAAAUCCGCAAAAUGAGCUUCAAAAGGAAGCACUUUUUGAUCAAACUUCAUGCGAAAAUAGUGGUGAGUGCCUUGUGGUGCAAUACCGUUUUUGAUUUUUGUAAAGACACCCUAGAAUUUGCGAUGGCCAGCCGUGAUGUGUGUAAGGCCUUCUGGAAGAUGUGUGUGGAGUGUCAUGCCUUCUUUCGUCUUUCUGAGGAACCGAAGACGCGACACAAGUCCCUCCUCUACAGCAAGGGCUCCUGUUUCAGAUACAGUGGUAGGACCCAGAAGCAGCUGCUGGACUGUGUGAAGAAAGGAGAGAGGAAAAACCUUCCCUUCGAGAGAAAGUACUAUAAGGUACACUAUGAGACUCGGCAAUGCAGAUCCUCCCCUGAUCUCCUCACAGAUGUCUCCAAACAGGUGUAUGAGCAGUCCUGCGGCUUCCCCCACGCUGGCUGCACCCAGGGCGGGAUGCGCAGCCAGUCCGCCGUGGAGGUUCUGUUCUCCACGGACCUGGACCGCCCCCAGGCUCGGAUCGCCGAGCCCUCCCUCUUCGCCCAGUCCCGCUCGUCCUCCUUCUCUGGUGUUGAGGCCGCGUCUGCGUCUGCCACCCUGCUCCCUGGCUUGGGCACGCUCCCGCUGCGGUGGCAGGGGCAAGGGGGAGGGCCUCAGAGGGGCCGUCUGUUGGGCAACACGCAGCAGCUGGUGCUGCUCUACCCCAACCCCCACACCCACCCCUACGCCUGCCUGGGGCUGCCCCCAGUGCUCCCCAUCCUGCCCCUGCCCACCCAGGCUUUCUGCCUGGAGCACAUGCCGUGCGUGCUGCCCUUGCCUGGCUGUUGCCAUCACCACCACCAUCACCACCUCCACCCACCGGCGCCUCCACACUCCCUGCUACCCGCUGAUGAUGUCUUCCGCUCCUCCAGUUUCUCCAACGCCACCACGUUCUCCCCCGUCAGGCGACAGAGGUGCAUGGGUUUUGCCCCGACUUUCGGGCUGCCAUCGGGGCUGUUUGCGGUGGCCGGCUGUACUGGCGGUAGCGGCCGUGGAUGCGGAAGCAGUGGCGGUGGGGGCGGUCGUCUGGACUUCACUCGCGAGGAGCUGGGCCACUUUAGCGACGACUCCAGCUACCAGUCGGCUCUGCCACGCCGCUCCUGGAGCCAAUCCGACAUGAAGUUCGUGCGCCAGCCGGCUCCGGCGUCAGAAUUCCGGCCCCUCGGCCACUACCCGCACCUGUCCCGCCGGCAGGGGCCCGUGCGGCCCACUCACCUACCCCUGCGGUCGUCCCCCGGCCCGGAUCGCCCCGCCUCUAUGUGCUAUGUGGGAGGUGGAGGCAGCACAGGUAGCCGUGCCGAGCUCAGCCACAGCGACUCGGACUCAGAGGUGAUGUGCCCGUUCUACUGCCCGGCGCUGGCGACUCUGGGCCGGACGGGACCGCUGGCACGCAUGCGCAUCUCCUCAGGGAGCCUGCAGCUGGACGAGGAAGAGGAGGACACGGUGAACCUGGGUGAAGCGGAGAGGGCAGGGGCAGUAGACAAACAGAAACCUUGAGGGGCGGAUCUGAGACCUGCUGUUGGGGCAAUGGUCAGAGCACACUAGCACAGGUAGACCCGAGUGAACGAGAGGCCGUUUCGUUGAGAUCCCAGCUGAUGACUGCUGUGAAUUGACUGGAUAUUGGUUACCUCAGCCAACUGUCAGGACAGGUCAUGGUUAAAAAUCUGUAAUAGUUUACCUACUUGUGUCCUUUGUAAGGACAUGGAAAUGCUGAGAGACAUCAUAUGCAGUACUGGUGAGGAAUUAAUGAAAAUGAGUUUCAUCAAAGAUCACAACUGCAGCAAAGUCACUGCACUGGUUUGCCCUGAUUUUACUUUUCAGAAACACCUUGGUAAAUAUUGUCCUUGUGCACUUAGUUUUACAUGUCUGAAUUCUUAAGUGUGUAGUUUGUCUGUAGGAAUACAAUCUGAUUGGAAAUAACAGGAAGUCAAGGCUUCUGCUGAGUUUCUUAUGGGAAUGACACACAGACCUAUUGCUUGUGGAGCUGGAUAUAAAAUAUUAGUGUUUAAAAAAAAAAAAACCCUGAUUAAAUUAUAUGGAAGAAAAUGGUCUAAGAGCUCACAUAUUACUAUGCCCUCUUUAUCUUGUAAAUCAAUUGUUUAAAAAAGGUUUCUCAGAACAUUUUCACCAGAUAUGAUUGUUUUAUAAUGGUCAUGAUUAAAUUAUCUUUAUAAUGAAAUACAAUUUUUUUUAAUUAUUCCUUUGAGAUAAUAGGUUUUCCCAAGAGAGGUCUUUUACAAGGGGCCAGUACAAAACAGACUGUGAAGAAUAAAGCAUUUAACUGUGUA